AUGAAGUUCGGCCGAGUUCAGAGCAUUCAUUUGUUGGGUCAAGAUGAUGGAGGAGAUGUGAAUAGUGCAACGGUUUCGUUUGUGGACAUCCGAUCGGCUACGAAAGCAAGGAGUGCCGAUCACCGAUUAGAGGAUCGGACGUUGCGAACCGAUUAUUAUGAUCCCAGUGCGGGGGUUCCUGGGUGCAAUAGUGUCGGGGGUGGGGGUGGUUGUAGUGGUGGGGGUGGAACCACUGGUGCGAGUACGGGAUGUGCAGCUGUGCCGAAUGGUGGUGCGGUGAGUGGUGCCCAGUGUGGCGGUAGUGGUGGUGGCACGGGUGCGAACAUCCUCAACAGCAGCGGCGGGAACAGCGUUGCGGCGAACGGGAAUGGGGAAUUCCUCCGGUCCCCACGGUAUGGCCAUGGGCUUAGCCCCUGA